AUGCCUCCCGUGACUCCUUCGCCGCAUCGCUUCCUAGCUGGUCAGAGGCGGCAACCAUCACCGUCCAAGGAUGCAAAACGACUCCGAGCUUUGAGGAGACUACAGCCCGAAGAACGUGAAACAACGCCACAGAGGAAGACACCUGCACCAGCACCUUCGCCAGGCCAGUUCGCCGCUGCUCCACGGUUCGGCUUUGGACGACCAUCUCCAGCACGACAAUCAUCACCACCGAAGCCCAGCCUUGCGGAAGCUCUCAGGACAUCGUCUCGUCCCGUUGAGGAUGUAGAUGAAGCGCAGGGCCAUGAGGACGACGAUGAUGAGAUGCUCAUGUGCGAUGAUGAGGAAGCGCAAGCUGUUCCGACCACCGAAGACCGUCUACAGGAUGUCCAGCAAUGGGCUAACGCGCUGCCUUACUCACCUAAACGGCGCAGAUUGGAUGAUGUUCAGACUGAACCGCAACAAGACGCGUCUAUCGCUGUCCCUCCCAAGCCCGUCUUCAAGCAUCCUACGACUCCAGCAUCUCACAUGAACACUGGUGCUCACACUUUCAGUCGCGCAGGAAGCGUAGCAAGCACUAUCGGCACAGAGAAUGGUGCAGCAGGCAUUCGUCGCCCACAGUUCCUUCGCUCGUCCGUGGCGCCCUCUGAGCAACUAGAGCCUCUACCAGAAGCUUUCUCGCCGCAUCGACGAGGAGAGAAGUUCGUGCCUGGAGGCCUCGCAGCUACAAUGCAGCAAUGGGUCAUCGAGACUGGCCAAGCUGCCGCUCAUAGUCGCAAAGGGCAGGGGUAUUUAAAUGGCGAGGACUACGUUCUGCGGGCGAAAGUGUCCUCGGUUGCUGGGAGGGGGCCAAUGCUGGUCCAAGGGAGACAUAUAGACGGUGGAGAUGUAAGAUUGAUGCUGGUGGCCGACUCGAAGAAGGAUGCCAUUAUCGAUAUUCCUGUCGGAAGUACGGUGGGUGUUCGAGCUCCUACGUGGGACAUUGAGCUGGAAGGUAUCAGCUGGACCGUCGGCGUGGAUUGGAAGGUGUUGCAGCAACGAUGA